AUGAGCCCCGAGAUCAUCCUCUUCCACUACACCUAUUCGCCGUACGCGCGAAGGGUAGCAUGGUAUCUGACGCUAAGGGGAUUCCUAUUCGGAAUGUAUCCAACCCCCAUCAUGCCCAGGCCUGAUGUAGCCCGGCUUGGCAUCAAUUACCGGAGGAUUCCACUCCUUUCCAUCGGGCGAGAUGUUUAUCUAGAUACUCGCCUUAUCAUUGAGAAAUUAGAGCAGCUCUUCCCGGCUAAGCCAAAGCUCGGCGCAACCACAGCUGCGGAACGUUUGAUCGAGCGUCUCUUACAGGCCUUCAACAUCGACGGCGGCAUCUUUGGCUACUGUUUUCAAGCUCUCCCCACGGACCUGCCCCUUCUACGGGACCCCGUUUAUUACAAGGACAGGGCGGAUUUUAUGGGCUUCAAGGUGAGCAAGGAGUCUAUGACUAAGGACCGCGCCGAUGCUCUCAAAGAGCUGAGGGGUGCUUUUGAUCUUUUGGAGCACACCCUCCUGGCGGACGGCCGAGACUGGGUUCUUGGGACGGGUAGCCCAAGGCUGGCUGAUAUCGAAGCAAUUUGGCCUUUUCACUGGCUUACUGGUCUGCCGGGAGCGCUCCCCGCCGAGAUCUUUUCGCCUUCAACGUAUCCAAAGGUAUAUUCCUGGAUCCGUAGAUUUCAAAAGCACCUUAGCGAUAUGAAGCGGGAGAAUGGCAGAGCAAAGCCUAUACAGGGAGACGAGGCGUUCAAGACCAUCACCUCUUCUCCGUACAGCGAGAGCUUGGGUGAAAUCGACGAGACCGACCCCGUUGUGGUAGCCGAAGCCUUGGAAAAGGGUAUGCUCGUCACCGUUUGGCCGAGUGAUACUGGGUCCGCCCACAAGGAUACGGGUGCGCUUCUUGCUAUUGACAAGACAGAAAUUGUCUUUGAGACUUCGGGAUCAUUGGCCCCUUUGGCAACCGUGAGGGUUCACGCCCCACGCCACGGGUUUCGUGUCACCAAACACGGCCCCAGCCAGACGCAUUUGUAA